UUUCAUAGGGCACUCCAUCACUUAAAUAGUUAGGGUUUCUCUAGGGUUCCUUUUCCCAUUUGUUCUGACUGCAAAUAUUUCUCUAGAAGAACAAAGCACAGAGUUCCCCUCCGGUCUCAAACAAUCACCGAGCAUCAGGAGCUUUCAGAUCUAAUUUAGACCUCAAAACAUGUCGAGUGAAGAAGCUGUUGCUACACCUGUCCCAGCUGAGACAUCAGCUCCAGCUCUAGGAGAGCCAAUGGACAUAAUGACCGCACUUCAACUUGUGUUGAAAAAGUCACUUGCUCAUGAUGGUCUUAGCAAAGGACUCCAUGAGGGUGCCAAAGUAAUUGAAAAACACGCGGCACAGCUCUGUGUACUUGCAGAGGACUGCAACCAGGUUGAUUAUGUUAAACUGGUUAAAGCCCUAUGUCUGGACCACAACGUGAAGCUGAUAACUGUUCCAAGUGCUAAAACUCUUGGAGAAUGGGCUGGGUUAUGCAAGAUUGAUUCAGAGGGUAAGGCCAGGAAGGUUGUUGGCUGCUCCAUGGUUGUCGUGAAGGAUUACGGAGAGGAAUCAGAGGGACUUAACAUUGUCCAGGAGUACGUGAAGUCUCACUAAAUAGAUGGCUUUAAGGUCAAUUGAAGGAAAUACCUUGUACAUUUAAGAAGCUUUGGAUUUUGGCUGCUUUAGUACUUCAAUGUUUAGAACAGAACUAUUGUUCUUCAAUCAUGUAGGUUUUUUUAUUGUGUCAUGAACAACAUGCAGCCUUUCUUGUCCAGAAGGCUGUGGUGAAGUGUCUUAAAGUCUCGAGAGUUUUUGAUCUCAAUAGUUCUUUAUUUGGCCGUGAAUCUUAUACUCCUUUUGAAUUUAAUCUAUAAUUACAUGCUUUUGAGUAGGUAUUAACUAAUUUUUAA